ACAAUAACUCAAUAAGCAACUCCAUUCUCAUCAUCAUCUUCUUCUUUCUUCUUUCUUCUUUCUUCUUUUAGUAUCUUAAAUUUAACUCCGUCCAAUAUAUAUCUCAGAAAUGGGUGUCUUUAUCAACCAUAACCAAUCUUGUGCUUCAGUAGCUCAAUCUCACCAUCGCAUGCACAAGAUCUUCUUGAUCUGCAACUACAUUCUAUUGAGCGCAGCCUCUAGUUGCAUCUUCCUCACUCUCUCUCUCCGCCUAUUCCCAUCUCUCUGCGGCUUCUUCUUCAUCCUCCUCCACAUCUUCACCAUCAUUGGCGCCGUCUCCGGUUGCUCCGUCGCUACAACUGGAUCAAGCAAAUGGUAUGCGGCUCACAUGGUGGCUACUUCACUAACUGCAAUAUUUCAAGGCUCCGUUUCAGUGCUUAUUUUCACGCAGACCGGAGACUUUUUAGGGUUUUUGAAAUCUUAUGUUAGAGAAGAAGACGGUGCUGUUAUUUUGAAAUUGGCUGGUGGACUCUGUGUUUUGAUUUUUUUCUUGCUAUGGAUUGUUUUGACUUUGGCGUUUCUGUUGAGGUAUUAUGCUUUUGUGGAAGGAAGUAAUGGCGACGUCCGUGGCCGUAGUGGCGGCAGAUUUCAAGAAGAGGAGAUGAAGAAUCCUUGGUCUUUGAAUGUUUAGAGUUAAUUAAUUCAUUCAUUUAAUUGAUAUAUUAAUUAUAUAUUGCAAGUAAUAUUUUUUUAAUUAUUUCUUAGA